AUGGUGGAAUCACAGAGUAAAGAGGUAGAAGACAAUCCCCAGUCGAAUCAAAACCAUCCACUUCAUCUUCAAGCAUCAGAAAUACCUGGUGUUGCCUUGAUUCCAAUGAAGCUCACAGGACCAGAGAACUAUGGUGUGUGGAGCAGAUCUAUGCGAUUAGCACUACUAGUAAAAAAUAAACUUGGAUUUGUUGAUGGCACAUGUGUUAAAAGCUCGUACAAGGGAGAUCUGGCAGUUAGAUGGGAAAGAUGUGAUGCAGUUGUGUUAUCUUGGAUAAGUGCAGCAGUUGCACCAGAGUUGAUGACUAGCAUAGUAUAUGCUUCUAGUUCAAAGAAGAUAUGGAACGACUUUAUGGAAAGGUUUGAUAAAUCCAAUUUGACAAGGAUUUUUCACCUAUGGAAAGAUAUUAGUAUUUGGUCACAAGGCACUGAUUCUGUAACAACCUAUUAUUCCAAAAUGAGAGAUCUAUGGGAUGAGAUAGAUGUAAUGGUACCCUCUCCAUCUUGUGAUUGUGUUGAAUCUAGUUCACAUGCUGAACAUGUUAAACAACAAAGGUUAUUGCAGUUUUUGGUAGGUUUGAAUGAGAGUUAUGCUCAAGUGAGGAGUUCUAUUUUGUUGAUCCCAUCUGUUCGAAGUGUAAAUCAAGCCUAUGCAAUGGCUAUACAAGAAUAA